CGCACAGUAUUCUGUCAGAAUUUUUUUUUUACAUUCGAACAAGUCAGAAGGGUAGCUAAAGUAGGAAGAGCGGAAUAAGACAAAUAUUUUCAUUUUGUCGAAAAUACGUUAACCUCUACCGAAAACCCCUGAAGACCACUGCAAUGGUUGAGGAAAACAUAUUCCUUUUCGUUCCAAAUUUGAUCGGCUAUGCCCGCAUCGUGCUGGCUCUGCUUGCCUUCUACCUGAUGCCAUGCUGUCCAGUACCAGCUGUGUUCUUCUACCUGCUCAGUGCCUUCCUGGAUGCCUUUGAUGGGCAUGCUGCCCGCGCCCUCAACCAAAGCACUAAGUUUGGUGCGAUGCUGGACAUGUUGACAGACCGCUGUGCCACCAUGUGUCUCCUGGUCAACCUAGCUCUGCUUUACCCCUCCUAUACCUUCCUCUUCCAGAUCAGCAUGAGCCUGGACAUGGCCAGCCACUGGCUGCACCUGCACAGCUCCAUGAUGAAGGGAUCCACCAGCCACAAGGCCAUUGAUCUAUCUGGAAACCCCAUCCUUCGCCUCUACUACACUUCCCGGCCGGUGCUGUUUGUCAUGUGUAUGGGGAACGAGCUCUUCUUCUGCCUGCUCUACGUCUCCUACUACAUUGAGGAACCCCAUGUGUGGCUGCAGUGGCUGCUUGGUGUCUGUGCCGUGGUGUGUGUGCUGAAGUCUGCCAUCAGCGUUCUGCACCUGAUCACCGCCUCCAGGAACAUGGCUGCCAUCGACGUGUUCGACCGCGAGAGGGAGAGGAGCAAGGCCGAGUGAGAGAAGGAGAGGGGGGACCUCUUAAUCCCUUGGUACGUGUGUAGAUCUGAGAGGAUGGGUGUAACAAUUUGGUAGCAAAUCCACCUUGUCCUCUGAUAGGCUAGGUAGGGCUGUUGUCCUACAUUUACACCGACCCAAUCCUCUCCGAUCUACUUGAGUGCCUAGGGGCUAGAGGUCGAGUUAGGAUUAGGCAAAGAAGAGGGAGAGAGAGGUUGUAGGAGGCUGUAGAUGGGUGCAUCUCAAUAGUCUAAAGUGGCUUCCUUUCCUCAUGUCCUUUCCUUGCAUCUGCACUGAUCUGAAAACGAGGGAUUGGUGAAAAUAGUAUAGUCAAUACUGCUUACCCAUCCAGUUCUCUCACAUCAGACGAGAGAAAGGAAAGGAGAUGAGGAGAGGAAGCAACUAUUGAGAUGCACCCAAAAGCCUCAAAUAACCCACUCUUUUAGUCACAGCACUGAUAGCAAAGGACUUGAAAUAGUGGGGAAAUCAUUGGGAAAAAACGUUAGUGAUAUCUAAGGGAAGGAGAGAAGGAAAUUAAGCAACGAAAUGUGGAUAUUUGAGAAGAUUGGCACAAAGUCAGAAAGCCGAGUCAGAGUUGCUGUGUUUGUUGCAUAGAGUUGAACGAGAAGGUGCGGGAACAAAUGGUAUUGUGUGAUGUCCAAAACACAGAUGGAGCUUAAGAGUAAUCAGGGGACCUUUUUUUAAAAACACACUGAUGAUGGCUAUUUUAGUUAGAAGAUUGUAACAAGUUAAACCUUCUGUAAUGAAUCCUACUAAGUGGUAACGUCCAAGCCACUGUUCCAAUUAAUAUUAAAAUUCCUGUGGUGGUUUUUAUGAUUAUUUAUUGCUAUCAUCAGUAAUGAUUUGAAAUAGUUGCACUAGAGAUGUGUCGGUCACCAUCAGUUCACUUGUUAUUUUGACGAUUGAGUCUUUACAGCUUUACUUAACUUUGUUUAUAUUAUAUCUUUAGUUUUUUUUACUGUGGUAAUAGAUAAAGGUAGAAGUUGCCCCGGCCACAGAUCUAGGAUCAGAUUACCCAACCACAACUCUUAACCUUGACCAUCAGGAGGAUAACAUAUCUGACCCUGAACCAGUGCUUAGUUGCAACUUGUACCAACUGGUAAUGGCAGGGGUGCAACUUCCACUGGGGAUAUGUCCCCCCCCCCACGUUCUGAAAUUGCAUUUUUGUCCCUCCCAGUUUUAUCAUCGGUGUGCUAUAGGACCAUGCGGACGCCUCCGAGCAGUCGGGUAGGCUGUUUGGAGUGUUUAAUAAUAAUACUAAUGGUCCCCCCCACUUCUAAAACCAAAGUUGCGCCCCUGGGUAAUGGUGACUGUAGAGGUGGUGUUGGGCAUUAGGUUGCAGUGAUGAUUGGAUGGGGAAGACCCACACACUUUCUUAGACAUGUGCACACACUUUUUUGCAAACACGUACACACACUUUCUUACAGACAUGUGUGUGUAUAUAUAUAUAUAUAUAUAUAUAUAUAUAUAUAUGCACUUGCCAUGCACAUACUCACGCACUUGCUUACAGACAUGCAUUCAUGUAUAUUGGGCACCUUCCUGAGCUCAAGUGAAGACCACCUGAGUAUUAUGUUUUUAUUGUUAUUAUGAAGAUUAUUCUAAGAGCUUCUCUAGCAUCACUAUGUGACCGUGUGUAUUUAUAUACUGUGGCUGAUCUGUUUGUGAACAAUUAUAAACUAUAUUAUUAUUAUUAGCUGAUGGCAUCAAAGAUCCCUAGUUCAGUUUAGUUCAACAACACGUUUGGGAGAAUGUACUGUAUAAUUUGGAUCAUUUAGAAGGUGAGAGGGAGGAGUUAAAACCCAAGCCGUGUAAUUCGUAAGAUGUAUGGUAAUAUAUGAAAAUUCAUUGUGGGUGUCCGUGUAAGAACCGUAAGGUGUUAAGGUUUUAUUCCCAUGCAGUGCCUUCGGCAUGCAGACGUUGUGGAUAAUGUCUUUGUCAACCGUAAUGGAUGAAAAGGCAAUAAAAACAUAUUUGAACCAA